GUCUACUUUCAUUGGCCAACGCAACCUCGCGAACCAGGUUUAACAGCUUCAACGCUAUAGUUUCCGAGCUCCAACCGGCGUGGCGUUCGCAAACACUUCCGCCGGCCCCGUCACCAGCAAGGCAGCGGCCGCCGCAGCCGCGUCCCUGCCCGCCGACGCCGCCUCCGCGCCGCGCGGCGACACCCGCCUCGUCGACCAGUCCCAGCCGUCGCCGCUGUCGAAGCACCACCAGGGCCUCUCGCCCGGCAAGCAAGUCCUGCAGUCGCACUCGCAGCAGUCGCCCUCGCAGCAGCAGCAGCAGCAGCCGGGCGCCUUGAAGUCCCAGGGCUCGCCGCACUCGCACGCGGUGUCCCCACCGGCGCAGCCCAGCGCCACCAAGGCCAAGGCCAAGAGCACGAGCAGCGCGAUGGCCACCACCGUGUCGCCCGCAGACGCCAACCUCGGCCUGCACAUUGCCAACCGGCUUGUUGAGAUCGGCUGCACCAGCUGCUUCGCGGUGCCCGGCGACUUCAACCUGCUGCUGCUGGACCAGCUGCUCAAGCAGCCCGAGCUGUCCCUGGUGUGGUGCUGCAACGAGCUGAAUGCGGGCUACGCGGCGGACGGCUACGCCCGCAAGCGCGGCGUGGGCUGCCUGUGCGUGACCUUCUGUGUGGGAGGCUUCUCCGCCCUGAACGCUGUGGGCGGUGCCUACAGUGAGGACCUGCCGCUCAUCGUCAUCAGCGGGGGGCCCAACUCGCAGGACCACGCCUCCAACCGCAUCCUGCACCACACCACGGGCGCCAACGAGUACGGCCAGCAGCUGCGCGCCUUCAGGGAGGUGACCUGCUGCCAGGUGGUCAUCCAGCACAUCGAGGACGCGCACAUGCUGCUGGAUACGGCCAUCAGUGAGGCGAUGCUGAAGCGCAAGCCCGUGUACAUCGAGGUGGCAUGCAACCUGGCGGACCUGACCCACCCCAGCUUCGCCCGCCCCCCGGUGCCGUACGCGCUGGCCUCCUCCCACACCAACGCCGCCAGCCUGGAGGCCGCGGUGGAGGCGGCGGUGGAGUGGCUGGGCGGUGGCGUGAAGCCGCUGCUGCUGGCGGGCGUGCGCACGCGCCCGCCCGCCGCGCGCAAGGCGAUGCUGGCCCUGGCGGAGGCCAGCCGCUACCCCGUGGCCGUGAUGCCGGACGCCAAGGGCAUGUUCCCCGAGGACCACGAGCAGUACAUCGGCAUGUACUGGGGCCCGGUGUCCACGCCGUGUGUGUGCGAGGUGGUGGAGAGCAGCGACAUCGUGCUGUGCGUGGGAGGAGUGUGGACGGACUACUCCACUGCCGGCUACUCGCUGCUGCUCAAGCCCGAGAAGAUGCUGCGCGUGGACAACAACCGCGUCACAUUGGGCAACGGACCGACGUUUGGCUGCAUCGUGAUGACCGACUUCCUGGAGGCCCUGGCCAAGCGGGUGGCGCCCAACGACACCGGCCACGUCAUCUACAAGCGCAUGGCUCUGCCGCCCUCGGAGCCGCCGCCGCAGGCCGAGGGCGAACUGCUGCGCACCAACGUGCUGUUCAAACACAUCCAGCACAUGCUGACUCCCUCCACCAGCCUCAUCAGCGAGGUGGGCGACUCCUGGUUCAACACACUCAAGCUCAAGCUGCCCGCCGGCUGCGAGUACGAGCUGCAGAUGCGCUACGGCUCCAUUGGCUGGAGUGUGGGCGCGGUGCUGGGCUACGGCGUGGCGGAGCGGCAGACGGCGCCCGACCGCCGCGUGGUGGCGUGCAUCGGCGACGGCUCCUUCCAGAUGACCGCACAGGAGGUGAGCACCAUGCUGCGCUACGGCCUGGACCCCAUCAUCUUCCUCAUCAACAACGGCGGCUACACCAUCGAGGUGGAGAUCCACGACGGCCCCUACAACGUGAUCAAGAACUGGGACUACCCCGGUAUGGUGCGCGCGCUGCACAACGGCCAGGGCAAGCUGUGGACCGCCGAGGCCCGCACCGAGCCCGAGCUGCAGGCCGCCGUGGCCGAGGCUGUGCAGCGGCGCGGCGAGCUGUGCUUCAUCAUGGUGGUGACUCACCGUGACGACUGCAGCAAGGAGCUGCUGGAGUGGGGCAGCCGCGUGGCGGCGGCCAACAGCCGCAAGCCGCCCACCACCGGCUACGGCGGCCACUGAGGCUGAGGCUGAGGAGGAGGAGGCGGAGGAGGAGGAGGAGGAAGCUGAUCGUUGUUGAGGAGGAAGAGCAGGAGGAGCUGUGAGGAGGAGCUGUGAGGAGGUGUGGACAGGCGACGAUGAGUGGUGUUACUUGCAAGGGAGGUAGCGAACGCACGGGGUAGUAUAUUCUUGGGGAUACGCCGGGGCACACAUGUGUCCGAGUACCGGUUGGGCUACCGUAAUAGUUGGGACAUUUGCUGUUUGGGGGCGGGGUGCAUACAUGCACACUGCGGGGCCGUCCAUUGCUUGCAGCUCCUUUAAUUCUAGUAAGCCUUUGCGUGGCGCGCGUCAUUGUUUGUUCGGUUGUCAGGAGCCUGAGGGAGAGGGAGAAGUUGGCGGUAGCCGCGCUAUUGCAAAGCAAGUACGUGUGCCCCUGACUACUGAGCAAGCUGCGUGCGCGCUUAUUUGUCGCAAUGCGAGUUCGGUUAGUGCGUCGGGCAUGUGCACCAUUCCUUUAUCACAGCACUGAGUUGAAGCUGGGCCGCAUACGCAGUCGUCAAAGCGCGGCGGGUUGGGUUGUUGUUGGUGUCAGGGGUGCGGGCUUCUGCAUGCUGACGCACGAUCUCGCUAUCAAUUGUGUCUGAUGUAACCACUGAGAGAG